AUGCGCGACCACCACUGUGGUAAAUGUGGUUUACCGGUAUAUUUUGCGGAACUAAUGCAAGCAGCAGGACGGUCAUGGCACGUUCAAUGCUUUAGAUGCGCAAAUGCAGAAUGUGGUAGAUUUAUGGACAGUCGAUCCUACAAUGAUCAUGAACAACAGCUCUAUUGUAAUCACUGCUACAAAUGUUUAUUCGGACCGAAGGGAGUUGGUUACGGUAUUGGUGCUGGAGUAUUGCUUACAGUAAAUAACAAAAGCAGUGACGUGUGUGAAUCACGAGAUUCAAGCAACGAUGUUAUCGUAACAUCCUCAAUUUCUUACAGUGAUAGAAAAAUUAAUCAAAAGCCAGGAUAUAUAACACACAUAGACGAAUCCUUCUCUAGUAAAACAGAAGCAAACUCCGGUAAUGGAUUCACCGACCAAACUCAUAUAUCACCCCAUUUAAGCAAAAUCAAGAAGACUGAAAGCGUUUGUAUCACUCCCGCAGUUAUCUGCUGCAGAUGUUCAGAGAAGGUAUACGAUGCUGAGAAGAUAUUAGCAGGUGGUAAACCUUGGCAUCGCGAAAAAUGUUUUGUAUGCGAUAUUUGCAAGAAGUCACUUGAACCACGAACAGUGAUUGCAGCAUGUUUCGCGAAAGAAUUUGGACCUAAAGGAUAUGGUCGAGGUGUAAUAGGUAGAAUUGUACAGACUAAUUCACAGCACAUGGAACUGGUGUGA